AUCCAACUUGACACAUGAACAAAUUCAAUUUUCUUUUGCAUUAUCGAAUGUUGACCAUACACAUUGUUUGCUAGAAAUUUUCCUUUUAUUUCCACAAAAAACAAAACAUUUUAACAUGGUUUUCAUAAAAGAAUGGGAAGAUUUUGAAAUUGCUGUCGAAAAUAUGUACAUGGCUGAUCCAAAGAACUGCCGCUACACAAUGAAAUACGUCCAUUCAAAAGGCCACAUACUUCUCAAGAUGACCGACAAUGUUAAGUGCAUUCAAUAUAAAGCAGAAAAUAUGCCAGAUCUGAAAAAAAUCGAAAAACUAACUGGAAAUCUAAUGGGACACAUGGCUUCGAAGGAAUGAUUGAGGAUUUUAGUAUCUAACAUAAUUUUGUGCAUUUUAAGUAUUUCCUUUUUAAGUUAGCUUAAAUAUUAUGGAAAAGAAAAAAAAACAACAACAGAUAAAAAAGGAAGGCAGUAAUAUCUUAUUCCUAAACAUUUCUGUGAAAUGAAUUCUUUUUGUAAAUUUGUUAAUAAAAAGUGCGUGACGGAAAGUGGA